AGGGGGGCUUGGCAACAGGCAACAGUUCUUUUGCAGAGAGACAUGUUAGAGAUAAUUUUCUUUUCUUUUUCAAUUGUGAUGGAAAGGAGAUGGAAACAAUGGAUGUUAAUCAUCUUCAUGGUCUCAGGUACUUGCUCCCUGGUCUCAGUCCACCAGCCUCCUGUGAUUACCACUGCUCUGGGUCAUGAUGUCAUAAUGCCGUGCCAUCUCAAUAUCUCCCAUGAUGAGAAAAUGGAGUCCCCACCGGUUCUGUAUUGGUUUCGCUCAGCAGGAGACACUGACGAUAACAAGCUGUGGGAACCAUCUGAGAAAUACCAGAAACGCGUUGACCUUCUAGACAAAGAGACAAACACUACAAACAAGUCCAUUCUCCUUAAAAAUGUUCUGUGGUCUGACAGUGGAAAGUACCUGUGCAAACUCUCUGUCACCACAACACGGUCCAAACGUUUCAGGAUAAAAGGAACUGAAACUUUACUGAUGGUUUAUGACACCAUGAUCUUUAACCUCACCGGUCACAACAGCACUCUGAUCAGUUGUGAAGUAAACGUGACCCGGGAUCCUAGAUUUGUUUUGUCCAUUUCUCAUGAUGCAUACAAACCCCAAACUACUGAAUCUGCUCGAGGAAAUGUUGUCCCAGAUCUGCUCUACAUCACACUCUCUAAGACCAUUUUCCUGAGGAGAAAAGGAAAAUAUGAGUGUCAGCUGCACCUAAACAAAGUCCUGAUGACGAAAAGCAUCUUCUAUUAUCAUCUGCCCGUGAUUGAAGACAGUGGAGAUCCUGAAAGGAAUAUUUCAGUAGCUAAUUCAACAGCUGUCGUUGAGCCAGAUGUGGUGGUGUUUCCAGAGCCGUGGAUCCUGUAUACAGCUGUCCUCCUGGUGCCUCUUGCCACCCUGGUGGGCCUCUUAACUGCUAUGCUCAUGUGCAGAAACUGAGUUUGUCAACAUCUGUCUGGAAGGGAGAGGCUUCGAAAUGAAGGUCGCAACUGUCAGCGACAAUUAGCUGUUUCACCUGUGCAAGGUGUGCAUACAUCCAUAACUGCAAUAUAUAAUAUAUCAUGGGUAAAUAUAUGUGUAUAUAUACAGAACAUAUGAUAUAUAGUAUAUGUAUAAUAUAUGCAUAAUAAAUAUACAUACUAUAAAUAAUAUACUCUGAACAUAAAUAUGUAAAUAUAAUGUGCAACAGAUAAGAAUAUUGUACAAAUAUGAUAUAUAUGGAUAUGAUAAAAUAUCAGUAUGGUUUAUAUUAACACAGAACACAUAUAAUAUAUAAGUACAUGUUCCAGUAUUUGGAGUAGUGUUGGGGUUCAGAAUCAAAAAAUCCAUAAUGUGCAUUCUG